AGCCUUCUGAGAUGGACUCGGACUUGCAUCCUCCGCGGUGUCACUGCAACCUCGGAGCUUCCUCCACAGCCGGCCGUAAUUAAUUGAUUCGUCGGAUCCGGUGUUCCAGGUCCUUGGUAUCAGCAAUCAAACCAUUCCAGGUUAUUUAUUGGAGGAGAAUAAUGGUGUCGCGGUCUAUUACAGUGUCGGAGACGGAACAGAACCAGGAAUGAGUCUCACACAUUUAAAGCCACCUGCGUAUAUCCCUAACGUGAGGAAAAAAAGACAUGGUCCAUAUAAGAUCUUUCAAUAUCUCCACAAAUAGUUCUAUCUCAGUGCAUUGCUGGUCUACAUUGCUUUCCCCUGCAAACCGACAACAUGAAAUACAACUACCUAAUGACCGCCGCCGCCAUGGCGUACACAUCCAGUGCACACACAAUCUUCGUCCAACUCGAAAGUGGCGAAAUCACCUACGACGUUUCCUACGGCAUUCGGACGCCGUCAUACGAUGGUCCUAUUACCGAUGUCACGUCCAACGAUCUGGCCUGCAACGGCGGCCCGAACCCAACGACCCCUUCGGAUAAGAUAAUCGACGUGGCGGCAGGAAGCAGUGUCACGGCCGUCUGGCGGCACACUCUUACAUCCGGCCCGGAAGAUGUCAUGGAUGCAUCUCACCUUGGGCCGACACUGGCUUAUCUGAAGAAGGUCGACGAUGCGACGACUGACUCGGGAGUUGGCAGUGGAUGGUUCAAGAUUCAAGAAGAUGGCUUCAACAAUGGGGUCUGGGGCACGAGCACAGUCAUCAACAAUGCAGGGGAGCAUGUCAUUGACAUCCCUGAGUGUAUCGAAGAUGGUCAAUAUCUGCUCCGAGCUGAGAUGAUUGCCUUGCAUGCCGCAUCAUCAACAGGGGGAGCUCAACUUUACAUGGAAUGUGCACAAAUCAACGUCUCGGGGGGUACUGCCACAAAUACCCCGACCACCUACAGCAUUCCAGGUAUCUACAAGGCCACCGACCCUGGUCUGCUAGUCAACAUCUACUCCAUGACUGCUUCGAGCACAUAUGAGAUCCCAGGCCCCGUCCUUUUCACAUGUGCAGCUUAUGGUGGAGGACCAACAUCAACCAAGGCUGGCACUACCCUGACCACAUCCACCAACACAUUCACAUCGGCAUCCACGACAACCACCUCCAGUGCCUGUGCGGCGACUCAGUGGGCGCAAUGUGGAGGGAUUGGGUUUGCGGGAUGUGCUUCGUGCGCGAGUGGGUACACGUGUGUUUGGAACAACGACUAUUACUCUCAGUGCCAGUAG